AUGUUGAAUUUCGUGACAAGUAGCCACUAGCGAAAGUACCUUGAUGAGAGGAAAAGUGAUGUGCCAUUCUGUUAUUUAGUAAAUAAAUGUAAUUUUUAAAUGUUUUACUGAUGCACUGAAAGCAACAUAUCAGCAACUGUACGCGAAAUAAAUGUUAAUAUGUCACAGCCUCAACGAGUUCGUAAAUCGUCGCCUAGUUCUAGUAAGCAGGGUCCGAUGCGGGCCACACUGCCAAUGUCUUCAUUAUUGAGACAAAGCAGUAAUUUAAAAAAAAGCAAAAGUAAUAGUCCUACGUUAUCGCCAACGUCUAGUUGGAAAACUAGAAUCUCUCCAGAUACUCCUUCUACUGGCCAGCGAAGUCCUGGAUCGCUAAGUUACAAAGGGAAGUCGCGGACGCUGGCGAUGGGCACCGGCCAGGAGGGCGGCGGCCCGGUGAUGCGUCGCACCGCCUCCCUGGACACCUUGUACCUGCAGGGCCAGUGGCCCACCGAGUCCUUCUACAUGUACUGCGGCCAGCUGCUGGUCGACAAGGCCACACAGACGGAGGACUUGUCCAAUGAGCAGAGGAGACCGAACCACAGGCACGGACCUGACAUUUCCGAGGAAAAACAAGAGAAGCUUCUGAGGCACAGGUUACAGAGACCAGCAAAAGAUGGCAGCACUAGCUGUCGUGAGCGCGCAUCAGCAUUCGGGCUGAUAUUACAGCAACCACUGCCAACAGCGUCGCAGCCCAAAGCAGCGUCCACGCCGUCGAAAGGCAGCGCGUCGCGGCCCAUGAGGAGCUCGGUGGAGGCGCUCAACCAGGAGAUAGAGCGGCUGGUCCUGAGCGAGGCGGAGCGCACGGACAGCAAGUGUCGCGAUGCGCAGCAGUUCGGGGGCGGGCAGCCGACCCCGGAGGGCCACCGCGCGCCCCUGGCGGACCUGCUGCGCUCCUCCACGCGCUCCGUGAACACCCAGACUCCCGCCCGCCCGGGGGAGCUGGCCUGCUCCGGCCCGUCCUCCCGGGAGUCCGGGUCCCCGCCGCCACCCGCCGCCGCCGGGGUCUCCCGGCCCCCCAGCGACCCGCAGGAAGGCAGCAGGGACUCGUCCCCCGAGCAGGAAGCCGGCAAGCUGGGGACGUCACCUCACAUCAACAAGUUCCUGGCGCGGGAACCCCCAGACGGCUGCGAGAAGGUCAACCUCAAGUUUGUGGAGGACACGAGGAGACCGAUGGUGGACCUGAGCAAGCUGGAGUACUGCCCCAAGAAGCCUUGCGUGACCUUGAAGCCCAGCCUGGGGUCGGCCUUCUACCCGCUGCACCGCGAGGGUCCCAGCAGCCCCGUGAACGGCGACCUGAGCGGGCCCAGCCGCCCGCCCCCCUGAGCCGCUCGCCGCUCGCCGCGGCCGCACCUCCUGGGCAUUCCAAACACAAUAACACAGAGAACACUAACUGAACAAAGCUUAUUAUUUUCUUAUAUCAUGGUUUUACUAUUAUUAUUAUAACAAUUUGUAGUGUGGAGGGGGGCGCGACGGGACAGCGUGUUCCAUGUGCAAUGACAGAAGGGAGGAGAGAGAGGUAGGCGUCAUGUGACCUUGAAUUUGUUUUUAAUAGACACAAUAAAAAAAAAUAUCUGUCUCAUA